UGAAUAGGUCAUCACAAAAUACACAGAAAGUUCAUACUUUUCUGCUAAAUUUAUAAAAAAAUGACGUCUUUCGCAACAAAUCCCGAUUUUGUGGAGAGGAAAGGUUCACUCUUCCUCCGAUCAGAUCAUAUGAACUACAGUAGAGCCACACUGAAUUCGAAUUGGCACCAAGCUCGUGAAUCAGAACCAAAGGACUACAACAUCAGUACAGCUCCAGUUAGAGAUCUUUGCAAGGCAACAUAUGAGAGGAUUGGAGAUGUGACAGAUGGGUCAUUGCCCGAGACCACAUAUCAAGAACACAGCAAUGAAGUUUUUCUAAAGAAAGAUUUCGAAGAGCAGGAGACAAGGAAGCAAAUGAUAAAUGAAGACACCCUUGCUCAUGCUGAUAUAGACAGAGAAGACGGUGAACGAAAGAGAGGACAUUCCCCAAUCCUUCCUGGUCAUCACCCUGGGUAUGACACACAGCAUUUGGAAACAACACAUUUAGCAGAUUAUAAACCACCAUAUCCAUACACUCCAAUUGAUGAGAAAAUGGCCAAAUUGGCUGCAGAAGGUGGAGAAGGAUAUGCAGCAUUACAGGGUGAAGAUAAUCCAGACAAUACAAACGCCUACAAAAGGUGUCACUCUCAGUUCACGGACACAAUGGGUCAUCGUCGACCAGGCUGGAACACAUGGCAGGAUGAGAGUGGCAUAUAUGGCAACACUCAUUACAAGAGGCAGGUCUUCCAACCAACAAAAACUAUCCCAGAGCGAUUAGAGUAGAGAAGACACGAGGAAAGACAUGUCAGAUAGUUCAGAUAGAUUCAAUAAAAAUUGCACCACUGUGAUAUUCUGUUCCUGAUGAUUAUUUUUCAAACCCGUCCGAAAUUUGUCAGUGGAGAAUUCUUGGAUAAAACAUAGAGGGACUGGGUAUGUGAUGUUAUGACUCGUGUUUAUAUCUUGCCCAAUUCACUGGUAAAAGGCUACUGAGGAUUCUUUCUUGUGUAUACCCUGUAUAUCGUCUUUUGUAUAUUUUGUGUAAACAUUGUGUAAUUAAACGU